AUUCAGCAGUUUACAGAGACUUCCACUGCUCACUCUGUUCCUGAUACAGGACUAGACAGAAGUAAGGAAGAACGAAGAACUGUUACACGUGUAACCUGACUUGAAAGGGAAUCAUGAGGAUCUCAUUUGCCUGUGUGCUGCUGCUUUCUGCUACUGUGCUCGCUCAGGAGAACGACGGUUACAGAAAAUUUAUAAACCAGCAUAUCAACGGGGAUAUGAGUGCUGACAGAUGUGACCAAGUGAUACAAAAUAGAGGUAUCACUGUGACCGACAGUAAUGAGUGUAGGAAUACCAAUACCUUCAUCCGAGCCACCACCAACCAUAUCAGAGCCAUCUGUCAGAGUGCAGGAGAGCCAUAUGGGAGAGGUCUGACCAAAAGCCUCCUACCUUUCAACAUUGUUGUCUGUACACUGAAAAACCAGGGGGCCAGGCGUCCCCGCUGUCAGUACCGCGGUCAAGCUCGCACCAGGAAAAUUGCAAUCGCGUGUCAAGGAACCUUUCCUACACACUUUGACGGAGACAUAGUAUACUUUCAGGACUGACCCAACAGUAGCUUUGUACAUCAGUCUCUUGUUAAAUAAAACACGUUUGACGGCU